AGAGCUGGCGUCGGCGUUGGCAUCCCCACUUACGGGGUUGGUGCUGGGGGCUUCCCUGGCUAUGGUGUCGGAGCUGGGGCAGGAGGUGUUCCUGGUGCUGGCCUGACCCCUGCAGCCCAGGCAGCCGCUGCUGCAAAAGCCGCCAAGUAUGGUGCUGGAGGAGCAGGGGUCCUGGGCAGGCUGGUGCCUGGGGCUGCAGGCGUCCUCCCAGGUGUGCCCGGGGCCGCAGGUGUCCUCCCAGGUGUGCCCGGGGCCGCAGGCGUCCUCCCAGGUGUGCCCGGCACUGGGGGGGUCCCAGGAGCAGGGACCCCGGCGGCGGCAGCAGCAGCAGCAGCAGCAAAAGCAGCCGCCAAAGCUGCCCAAUAUGGCGUGGGCCCUGGCGGUGUUGGCGUGGGCCCUGGCGGUGUUGGCGUGGGCCCUGGCGCUGGUGCUGGAGUACCUGGGUUUGGAGCUGGUGCUGGAGUACCUGGGUUUGGAGCUGGUGCUGGAGUACCUGGGUUUGGAGCUGGUGCAGUGCCUGGAUCCCUGGCUGCAGCCAAAGCAGCUAAAUAUGCAAGAGGAGCCGGGGCCCUGGGUGGAGCCGGAGCCGGAGCCGGGGCCCUGGGAGGAGCAGGUGUCCCAGGGGGAGUGGCAGGAGCUGGACCUGCUGCCUCCGCGAUCGCUGCCAAAGCCGCCAAGUAUGGUCUCGGGGGAGCCGGGACGCUUGGGGCCGUCGGAGGAAUUGGGGCUGGAGGAAUUGGGGCUGGAGGAAUUGGGGCUGGAGGUGUGUCCCCAGCUGCAGCAGCAAAAGCAGCCAAAUACGGUGCUGCUGGCCUUGGGGGUGUCCUGGGAGCGGCCAGGCCUCUCUCAGUUGGUGGUGGUGCAGCCGGGGGUCUGGGAGUUGGUGGAAAACCUCCCAAGCCCUAUGGAGGGGCUCUGGGAGCUCUGGGAUACCAAGGUGGCGGUAACGAGCUGUAGCCGGCUCCUGCAGGAGGUGCCCCCUGGCUGUGGAUUCGCCACUUCUAGGCUGUAUGCCACUCUCCCAGUGGCCACCGCACCCAUGCCACGGGAACUUCGUGCAGCUAAACCUCUGUCCAGCUGUGCCCCUCCUGAACCUGGGCAACGCCAGCUCUGGGCUGGCUCACCUGUCCGGCACUCCUACACCUGGAACGCCCUGGCCAGCCUGGGAGUCCCCGCGUCCCGUCCGCCACCCCCGCCCCCUUCAGGCCGGCCGCAGCCCCAGAUUGCUCCCGACCCCACUCUCACCCCUGCAGGAAGUGAGUUGCCCGUGUGUGCGAGCUGUGGCCAGAGGAUCUAUGAUGGCCAGUACCUCCAGGCCCUGAACGCUGACUGGCAUGCAGAUUGCUUCAGGUGUGGUGAAUGCAGCGCCUCCCUGUCGCACCAGUACUACGAGAAGGAUGGACAGCUCUUCUGUAAGAAGGACUACUGGGCCCGCUACGGCGAGUCGUGCCACGGGUGCUCCGAGCACAUCACCAAGGGGCUGGUCAUGGUGGCUGGGGAGCUGAAGUACCACCCCGAGUGCUUCAUCUGCCUCACGUGCGGGACCUUCAUCGGCGACGGGGACACUUACACGCUGGUGGAACAUUCCAAGCUAUACUGCGGGCACUGCUACUACCAGACCGUGGUGACGCCCGUCAUUGAGCAGACCCUGCCGGACUCCCCUGGCUGCCAUCUGCCCCACACCGUCACCCUCGUCUCCAUCCCCGCCUCAGCCCAUGGCAAACGCGGCCUCUCGGUCUCCAUCGACCCCCCCCACGGCCUGCCGGGCUGCGGCACUGAGUAUUCACACACUGUCCGAGUCCAGGGAGUGGACCCGGGCUGCAUGAGCCCCGAUGUGAAGAAUUCCAUCCACAUUGGCGACCGGAUCCUGGAGAUCAAUGGCACCCCCAUCCGGAAUGUCCCCCUGGACGAGAUUGACCUGCUGAUCCAGGAAACCAGCCGCUUGCUCCAGCUCACUCUAGAGCAUGACCCCCACGACACACUGGGCCACGGGCCAGGACCCGAGCCCAGCCCACUGGACUCCCCAGCACCCACUCCCAGCGGGGAGGCUGGCANNNGAGCAUGGUGUGUCCCCCCCAGGAGAAGCUGCAGCACCGACCGGUCCCCUGGCGCCGGCUCCCUGGGCUCGCCAGCCGGGCAGCGCAAGGACCUGGGCCGCUCCGAGUCCCUCCGCGUCGUCUGCCGGCCUCACCGCAUCUUCCGGCCGUCUGACCUCAUCCAUGGGGAAGUGCUAGGCAAAGGCUGCUUCGGCCAGGCCAUCAAGGUGACACACCGGGAGACGGGCGAGGUGAUGGUGAUGAAGGAGCUGAUCCGGUUUGACGAGGAGACCCAACGGACCUUCCUCAAAGAGGUGAAAGUCAUGCGCUGCCUGGAACACCCCAACGUACUCAAGUUUAUUGGGGUGCUCUACAAAGACAAGAGGCUCAACUUCAUCACCGAGUACAUCAAGGGGGGCACCCUGCGGGGCAUCAUCAAGAGCAUGGACAGCCAGUACCCCUGGAGUCAGAGGGUGAGCUUCGCCAAGGACAUCGCUUCAGGCAUGGCCUACCUCCACUCCGUGAACAUCAUCCACCGGGACCUGAACUCCCACAACUGCCUGGUGCGAGAGAACAAGAACGUGGUGGUGGCGGACUUCGGCUUGGCCCGGCUCAUGGUGGACGAGAAGACGCAGCCCGAGAACCUGAGGAGCCUCAAGAAGCCGGACCGAAAAAAGCGCUACACAGUGGUGGGCAACCCCUACUGGAUGGCACCCGAGAUGAUCAACGGCCGCAGCUAUGAUGAGAAGGUGGAUGUGUUUUCCUUUGGAAUCGUCCUGUGUGAGAUCAUCGGGCGCGUGAACGCCGACCCCGACUACCUGCCCCGCACCAUGGACUUCGGCCUCAACGUGCGAGGCUUCCUGGACCGCUACUGCCCCCCCAACUGCCCCCCGAGCUUCUUCCCCAUCGCCGUGCGCUGCUGUGACCUAGACCCUGAAAAGAGACCCUCCUUCGUGAAGCUGGAGCAGUGGCUGGAGACCCUGCGCAUGCACUUGGCCGGCCACCUGUCCCUGGGCACCCAGCUGGAGCAGCUGGACAGGGGCUUCUGGGAGACCUACCGCCGGGGCGAGAGUGGACUGCCUGCCCACCCCGAGGUCCCCGACUGAAGUCCCGGCCCAACCAUCCCAGUUGCCCCAUCUCCAGCCCCUGCAGCCAGGUUCCAGCUCUGCUGGAGGGGGCUUGGCCUGGUGCCUGCAGUGGAGGUCCAGCCCCCACCCCCCACCCCCACGCCGGCCCCCUGGCCUGCC